AUCCACAACAAGACAAGAAAUUGGGAAAAAACUAAAUAUACCUAGAUAAAAUAUAUUUUAUGAGGCGGAAAGUACAUGUAACUUUGGUAUAAGCAAGAAACUCCAAAUCUAGAAUGAAUCUAGAAAAUGAGUGGCAUCUUAUAGAACGUACUAGAGAGAUCACGGCGAAAUGUUUUAGAUUUUGUCGUGUCGUUCUUAUGGGCGCAUAUUUGCGCGGUAAUUUUGGGGAAUCUCGCGCGAAUCGACAUACUAAAUUAUCAGUAUUUUACGCGUAAACAGACAAGCAUCGAGGGGGACGUUCCCUUGUAGUCAAAUUAACACCUGCGAGGCCGGCAAAACAAGAAGCAGAGUAGUACACUCGGGAUAGAUCGGUGGUGUGUCACGUCUACCUAGUUUACCAGGUCAGUUAUCACCCGUCGUAGAACGUCAUUGUAUAAUUAGCAUGCUCUGGUUUGACGUCAUUGUUUCAUAUAAAUACCGAAUGCUCGAUCUCGGCCACCAUAAACUCACGAGAGAGCUGCCUACGACGUGCUAUUAUACUCCCUAAUAGACGCUUCGCAUUGAAACGCUACUUCCUCCUUUGAGUAACGUAAUCUUGAACGUGCGAAAGCGAUCGUUAUUUUCUUAUAAAGUAUCGUCGAUUUAAUCCAGUACUUUCAAACACAGAAUGAUGGCUGCCACAAUCGUUGUCUCUGCACUGCUGUUUGUUGCCUGCUCGUACGCAUUACCUCUUAGAACGGCGAGAAUGUACGGCUCUCCUCUACUUGUUGUGCCAGUACUCGUUCAGGAACUCGAGGAUCCUCAGGCUUUGAUAAACGAAGAAUCGAUGUACGCGUUAAACGACGGUUCUAAAGUUGCGGAUGGCAGCUUCAACAUUGAGAAGCGCAGCACAGAAGAAGCAGAUGAUGAUGAUCUUGAGACUGCAGCUGGUUCCAAUGUUCUCCGUCCUCUCUUCGUCUAUCGCCAGCAGGUUGCGUACCGAAAACGUGUCAGAGACGCGAUUCGACGAGGUAGGCGAAUAUAAGUGGGGGAGGAGAAGAAAAAUCUGGAUUUGGGGAUUUCGGCAAUUGCAAUUCAUUGUUAUCUCAUUUUGGUAUUAUCGGGAAGAUAAUACAUUCGAGAUACUUGGAGACCUGCAUCUGCAGCCUUAUUGGCCCUAAAGAUCUUCAAAAUCCUAAAGAAGGAUUGAAAAAGAAUCGAGCUUGCGAUGAGAUAAACUUCAUGAAAAGGUAGAGAUACACAAAGAUCAAAGAAACAUGAAUAAAUAAAAGGGAUCGAUAAAGGAAAACGAAAAUGGCUUUGCAUCAAGAUGAUUCGAUUAAACAAAGUACAAACAUCUAUUUCGGAAACUAUAGUGAGCUAUAAUGAUGAAAUAGCUUAUUUUAUAACUCAUAUCCGAAGCUCAUCAGGGAAAUAAAAGCUUGCCGCUCGCGAAUACUUAUAGGUGUGUCUGUGAGCGCAGAAGAGUAAGAACUCAAACUUAUAAACAGCGAAGCGGAAGACUCGCGCCAACAUGAAAAUUUUUGGCGCAAAUAAAACUGUUCACAUGUCGACGAAGCUUACCGCGCAGAUAAAAAACUAUGUGAGGUAGAAAAAAGAUACAGAGAACCGGUAACGAAAGGAGUUUUCGCGUUGAAAAACGGGGUGAGCUUUAAAACGGCAGCAAGGGGUAUUGAACUCGUACAGCAUAAUUACGCUAAAAGAUUGUGGACCUCGUUAUUUCGACGAAAAUUAACUGUGCAAAUUAACGAGCACGGACUAAGCUUGCUGAUUUAGGAAGGCCUUUCUUUUAAGCAGAACAAGAGCGAUAGAAAAAAAAAA